AUGCCUGGAGAAGAAAUGGAGAUAACGACCGAUUUUGGUCAUCCUGGAUUUGGAGAAGAUAUUGACAUUGAUCUGGAUUUCGCGGUCGGACAAGUUGAUGAAGACCUAGAACUCGCAGAUUUUGAUCAAGUUCAAGAGAUGCAAAAUUUUAAUACCGAUACAAGAGACGAGUUGAUGGCCGAAGGAGAUGAUGCCUCUUACGGCAUGAUUGAUGCCGGUGAUAUUGAUCAUAACGAAGCAGCAACGACUGCUAACGAUAUCGAGAUCGAUCUAGGUGAUCCUGAUGAGAAUAUAUGGCAACAAGACGUACCCCAAGAUGGAUCCUUCGAGACAGCUGCCGAAAUCGACUAUGUCGAUAAUACCAACGUCAGCAGCACUGACGUUGGAAAUGUUGGCCAAGGCGAAGCUAGCUGGUUGGAAACACCCGCUUACUCAACUAGCCAACCCCAUGAAGUAGAACAGCCCCAAGUCGAUGCUAAUGAAAUCGCGAUUACGGAAAGCUUACUUCAAGAUGGUACGGCUCUUAUUGAUGGUGUAAACACCCAAGAUUUCGGAUUAUCCAAAAAUAAAGAAGACGACACAAAGACCCUUGGUAAUAGUCAUGAUGACGAAAAUAAGUCGGAAGUUCAAGCCUCAAAUGUGGUUGAUGAGCAACAAGAUGAUGCCCUAGAUAUCGGCAUUCAAGUGCCCGCCGACCAAACCGUCACUGAUGACCAAAGUGCACAAGGUCAUAGUAAUGAGGAGUUAGACAGAGGCGUUAGUCGAAGUCACUCUAUCCAUGAAACUUACGAUGAUGUCCAAGAUCAAGCUAGCAACAAUGAAGUACCCGAGGUUGGGUACAUACAAGGCGAUAGUGUCGAGCAAGAAGAGCAAUCUGCUUCAGUCGUCUCACCUCAUCAAUCUGAGUUUGAUGGAGAAGAUGAUGAACAAGCGAAUCAACGCCGUUCGCCUAAUUUUGGGGGUUCUGAACAUCAGCUAGGUGGUGAUUCAUAUACUCAGCCCACUAAUGACCAAGAUCCUGUUGAUCAGGCCCCUGGAGAAGACGGGUCCCAAGCUCCCAACGCCGAUGAAGUAAACGGUCAGUCAGUUGGUUACGACUCAGACGAUGAGGGCCAUGAAGCAGCAAGCGUUGGUGAGGACGGGGAAGCUUCUCACGCCGUCGUUCCCCACGUAGAACACCCCCUUUCUAUUGCUACACGUCACGAGAUGUUCAUUUCAUAUGGUCAGACGGAUUAUAGGCUCUUUGCUAAGUCCAAAGAUGAUGAUCCUAACCAAUAUUUUCUACGUGAUAUGUUCGCCUUGGAAUUACCUCUCAGCAAGUUCUUAGCGAGUUUGCGCGAAGUUAUUGCAGACGAAGUGUCGGUUCUCGAUGAAUUGGUGAUGCAUGUAGAUGGAUUGGGGCUGGAAUUUUCCGAGUCUUCGUCGAGUGAUAUGCUUGAAGAUUUCACAUUCGGUGAUAUCCUUAGUCUAUAUGACAAGCUCGUUAAGAAUGACAAUGCGGAGCAGGCACCAGAUCUAUAUACGUAUCUUAUGGUAAGACCUCACUGCCACAAACGUCUUGUGGCACUUUUAGAUAGUGCGAAUGCUGGCCGCGGUCUUUCCGAAAUCGCCGUUUAUCGAGAAGCGACACCCGUCCACGAUGACGACCAAGACCAACUUGGUGGUUAUGAUGAUCAAGGUUCCUACGUCCAACCCGAUGGUGAAGAAGGCGAGGAGCAGGAUCACACCUCAUACUCGCCACUUCGUAACGACGAAGAUGAAGAGUUAUGUGAAGAGGGUGACCAUGUGGAAGAUGAGAACGGGGAACAGCAUGGUAAUGCGGAAGAAUUUGCGGAUAAUGAACCAAAUUCGCCCUCGGCACAUGCCUCAGUCGUAGGAGGCAAUAAUGAGGGAUCGACCGAGCAAAUCGAAAACGCCGAAGAGAACCAUGAAGAAGACCACGAAGAAAACCCUGAGGAGAACACCGAAAAGGAUAGCGGUGCAGACGCUGACGGAACUACGGCCGACGGUUUAAUCGACUAUUCUGAUGACGAAUUAGAUCUUUCGUCGCUGAAGCAGGGUAAUACUCAACCUUCUUUCAACACAUCAUUUCCCCUCCACUGCAGACAGACGAGUGAUUGUCAAUGCAACGCCUGCUUCGAGAUUGAUCUUGAAAGACUAGACGCAAGCUGGCGCCUUGAUACUUCAAAACCAAUAUAUACGAGCAUUGGUUGUCAGACCUACUCGGCUCCUCAGCAAAACAAAGGACAACGCAACGCUUCCCUCCCCACACCUUCUCCAACAGAGAAGUCAUUUCAUAUACUCGAGAUCCGACCAACUAAAGAUUUGAGGACAUUGACUAACUCUAACCGAUUUGAAGAUCAACAUACAAAUGCGUCGCCGAACGACCAUGCGCAAGAGACUCGUAAAGAGUCUGACGUCACGAACAAAACCGAUGAUGGCGAUGUUGCCAACUCCGAGGCUACCAGUGCCACCGUAACCCUAAACGGCGAUGACAACGACGAGAUUGACUACUCGGACGAUGACGGAGAGGAGUAUACGAGCGCAAAUGGUAACCCCUCCAAUGACGGUCCAUCUACCAACGGCUCGAGUGCAACGGCAACCCUCCAAGUACCGGUUGAUGACGAAAUUACUUGGGAGUCUGAAAAUGAGGACGCCAGGAACGAACCUACUACAACUUCUAAGACAGCAUCCAACACAGUGGCUAAGGGGACAGUACAAGUGUCACCGUCCUCUGGAAAACGCCCUAGGUCAGAUACUGACUUUUUUGAGGAUGAAAUUGAACAUAACGAUGUCAAGCGCCGUCGCCCCUCUUAA